CAAAAAGCUUCAGUCGUUCGGCGUCCUGAAAAGUAAGCUUGUUGCACGUUCGAUUCCUGUCUUUAAACAAUGAAGGCUCAUUUGUGGUGUAAGCAUUAGGAAGGAUUUAUGAUUUUCAGUUUUUGCUAUUCCACAAAGUGACAGUGCACUUGGGUCAUAGUCUGCGCUUAAAAGGUCCUGGCAGGCAACAUGGCGCCCUCCAGUUCUGAAUAGUGGAGAACAUUUUAAUUCAAGUUUUAACCUACUGCAAUGGAGUCUAAAGCCAGAGCUUAUAAACCAGAUGGCCAAUGGCAGUAUUACCUACCAAAUCUUCCUAUUCACAAAUGCAGAGAUGAGCUGCUUCAGACUGCAAGAGAACAUUCUUUUUUUGUGGUAACUGGAGAUACCGGUAGUGGGAAGACUACUCAGCUGCCUCAGUAUCUGUACAAAGCAGGGUUUGGAAAACAUGGCAUUAUUGGUGUCACUCAGCCUCGCCGAGUAGCAACAAUUUCUGUAGCACAAAGAGUUGCAGAAGAAAUGGAUUGUGUGUUAGGUAGUACAGUAGGAUACCAAGUGCGUUUUGAUGACUGCACCUCACAGAAAACUGCAAUCAUGUACAUGACUGAUGGAUGUCUAUUGAGGCACACGCUGACCGAUUCAAACCUCACCAAAUUUAGCACAGUUGUCUUGGAUGAAGCUCAUGAGCGGAGUUUAAGUACUGACAUUUUGUUUGGUCUUUUGCGAAAACAGUUCCUGAAGAAAGGCUUUUCUAAUAGAGACUACCCUCUCAAAGUUAUAGUAAUGUCUGCCACUCUGGACAUUGAGAGACUGUCUGAAUUCUUUGGCAAUUGUCCAGUAUUCUCUAUCCCAGGAAAGGUCUUUCCAAUUAAAGAGAGAUUCCAUAACCUUAUUGGUCCGAGAGACAAAGACAACAGUGCUUAUGUUACAGAGACUGUUAAAAUCACUUUACAGACGCACUUAAAUGAACCAGCUGGAGAUAUUCUUGUUUUUCUCACAGGCCAGUCGGAAAUUGAGAAGGCAUGUGAUGUGCUGUACCAAAAAGCUGAAAUGAUAGACUACCGCCAUGAUGUUUUUGACUCUACUGUGGAAGGGCUUCUUAUCUUACCAUUAUAUGGUUCUAUGCCAACAGAUCAGCAAAAAAGAAUUUUUCUUCCACCUCCAAAAGGCAUUAGGAAGUGUGUAGUAGCCACAAACAUUGCUGCAACAUCUCUGACAAUUGAAGGCAUUAGGUAUGUUGUAGAUAGCGGCUUUGUGAAACAGCUAAAUCACAAUCCUAGAGCUGGUCUGGAUGUUUUGGAAAUUGUACCUAUUUCAAAAAGUGAAGCAGUACAGAGAGCAGGCAGGGCUGGCAGGACAGCUUCUGGGAAAUGCCAUCGGAUUUACAGUGAGGAGUUCUGGGAGAAAUGUAUGCCAGAUCACAUGGUCCCUGAGAUUAAACGAACCAGCCUAACAUCUGUCAUUCUGACCCUUAAAUGCCUGGAUGUAAAUGAUGUAAUCAGGUUCCCCUACUUGGAUCCACCUGAAGAAAGGUUUAUUUUAGAAGCACUCAGGAAGCUGUAUCAGUGCAGUGCAAUUGACAGGAGUGGCAGUGUUACAGAUCUGGGACGUUUUAUCAUUGAAUUUCCAUUAUCUCCAAAUCUGGCCUGUGCACUUAUUAAAGCAACCGCUCUUGGGUGCGAGGACCUUCUUCUUCCUGUGGCAGCCAUGUUGUCUGUUGAACAUGUGUUUAUACAAUCAGGAGUAGCUCAGAAACAAAAGGAAGUUGAAAAAAGUCAGAACACCUUGUCUGAAAUGGCUGGAGGAGACAAUGACUUUGCCACUCUUUAUUUCAUUUUUAAUACUUGCAAGUCUUGUGACAAUCCUGUUUCCUGGUGUCACAAACAUGCUGUUCACUGGAGAGCUGUAAAAACCGCUUUUAGCGUGGAAAAGCAGCUUAGAGAUAUUACAAAUAAGCUAAAACAGAUGAAGAAUUUUCCAGUGGAGACCAGUGAUAUUCCCAAGCAUGAGUUGCUUAAAUGUUGUCUGUGUGCAGGAUUUUUCUCUAGUGUGGCCAGAAGGUCAUUAGGAAGGACAUUCUGUACAAUGGAUGGAAAUGGCAGCAUGGUACACAUCCAUCCUUCUUCAGCAUUGUUUGGACAGGAGGUUAAUCUGGAGUGGAUUUUAUUCCACAAUGUUUUGGUUACAUCGAAGAUAUAUGUUCGAACUGUGUGUCCUAUCCGCUAUGAAUGGGUUAAGGAUUUGCUUCCAAGACUGCAUGAUGUAGAUGCCUAUGAACUGAGCAGUGUGGCCAGGGAAGAGGUGACCCAAGAAGAGCUUGCUAAAUGGAAAUCAAGAGAGCACACAAAACACAACAAUGAAGGAUCAGAAGCCUCAAUGAAGAAAAUGAAGAGAAGAAAUGAUGAUAAGUCCAUAUGUGAUGCGAGAGCGCGCUUUCUUCAACGCAAGCAACAGAGAGUUCAAAUUCCAGGUUCUCAUCAGGGAGAAAGUUGACAAAGGUGAAGCUAUGGCCUGGUUAUAUUAUUUUACAGGGGAAUGUGGCUUUUAUAUAGAUUUACAUAUAGACCACUAUGCAACUAAUCAUUCAGUUGUUUGGUUUAGCAUUUUCCACAAGAAAACGUAAACAACGCUUUUCAUGAAUCUCUUCAUAGUUACAAAGUACCAGCCUUCAAACAUUAGGUUUCUGAAUUUUCACAGGUUUAAAUUAUUUUCUGUCAGGUUACUAUUGCACCUUGAUGACCAGAAUAGCAAAGCCUGCUGUAUUUUUACUGUUUCACUGUUUGGAUGCCAUAUCUGGUGCAUUUUUUUAACCAAAGAAAGAACUGUGUUUUUUUUUUUUUUUUUGUAAUCACAAUACAAUUAUACACUUGUACACUGAUUUUAAUAAUAAUGCUGACAUACUUUUUAUAGUCUUCUGUAACACCAAUAGAUAACAAACAAAUAUCGUUUAAUUCUAUUAUUUAUUCAUUUAAAUCAGUUAUCUCUUGCAGUCUCACUGAAACUCUGAGCCGUUUAUUUGCAUACUGAAAGAAACCUUCUACCCUGGUGCCAAUACUAUGAAAUAAAAAGACACACAGAGAGAGCAUUUUGCUGAAAUUAUAUGCAUUAUUAUUUUUAGGGGUUGUCUGAAUUUAUUUUUUUUAUGUAAAAGGGGUAAACUGGUUUUAAAAUAAAAAAUUAAACAAGCUUUAUUUACCUCACUGCCACUGCCAUUGCCAUUCUGACGCUGCCCAGAUAUCUGCUGAUGUCCGCCUUUUGGUUUAAACACAAGAAA